AUGAGUUUUAGAAGUUUCAUCAAAACACAAGAGACAUCUUUUAUCGAACCUGCGUCCAGUGUACCAGAGAGAACGUUACUUCCAAAUGAAAUCGGCAGCAUCACUUGCAAUGAUGUCUCGUUCUGUUUUCAGUUCGAAGAUGUUCUGAAGGGGAAACUUACCUGUUCGAACAUGUGUCUUUUCUUCACCCCUUGUAAUAAACCGCAGAAAAAUCUUCCUCCUCGUUCGACCAUCAUUGAUGAAUCAGUUUGUAUACCUUUGUGUUCCAUACAACGAAUCUUCUACGCUACUGUACAUCAAAACGUUCAACUGUCAGCCUCGAAGAAGAAGUACAACCUUCUCAGUCAUUCCCUCUCCAGCUUGGACUUUGUCUCCUGUCUGAAAAUAUAUUUAAAGGACUUCCGAGUUAUCACUAUUGAUUUAACCAAAUCACAACAUGCUCCUAAUUUGGCGAACAAUCUUCUACACUUCUCUCGACCAACGUCUAUCGAUUUGGUCAUGCAGACCGGAGCCCUAUGUGAAUGGAACACCAAAAUUGAUUACAAUGACGAAGAUUCUUGGCUUCGUGAGUUGAAUGGCUGUGGUGUCACCAAAAGUUGGAGAGUUUGCAGUCUUCGCCGAGAACUCACAAGCGCUGCCAUUCAUAGUUUCCCCAUGUAUGUUGUCGUUCCUGAAACUUGUACAGCUUAUGAAAUUGGCGGGAUGAUUGAAAGAUGGCGUGGGGGGCGAUUCCCUAUAUGGACAUGGAGUGCCGGAAACGGAAGAAUGCUUCUCCGAUCCUCAACCUUCGAAGAUAAUGAAAACUCUCAGACUCUCUACAAACAGUUCUGUUCGCAAGUUUUGCAAAACGGUGGUCAACCUCUGCAUGAAAUUCUGAUCGAUGCUUCAUUGACGCCUGAGAAGAUAUCGUCAUGCUAUCAGAAACUUCAUAAAAUGUGUUCCAUUGACUCUCAAAAACUAUUUGAAACGAGAGAGAAAACGUGGUUGUUGCGAUUGCAUGACACUGGGUGGUCUCAGUUGAUUCUGUAUUGUAUGAAAGCAACUGAAGAAUGUGUUCGAGCAUUUCGUGAUUACGGAAAAUCAGUUAUAAUAUUUGAAAAGAGUGGUUAUGAUCUCUCACCGAUAGUCUCUAGCUUAGCCCAGAUUUGUAUGAGUUCAACAUUCCGGUCAGCCUCAGGCUUCGAAUCGUUGAUUGCGAAAGAAUGGAUUGCACUGGGACAUCCGUUUGGACAACGAAACUUGUGCAUUGGCAAUCCUCCAAGUGAUGACGACGAACUUCAAACUGCUCCAUUCUUUCUCCUUUUCCUCGAUUGUGUCGCUCAACUCAGAAGAAUCUAUCCUAUGCAUUUUAACUAUUCGGAUCAUCUUCUCAUUGCACUAUGGGACUUGAGUCUUACGGGUUUUGUACCAGCAUUCGCAUGCUCUUCGGUUGAUGAACAACUAUCAUCCAAGAAAACUGGAGGACCGUUCCCGCUUAGGCGAUUCUACUCGGAGGAGUACCGUCGUUUGUUCUCCAAUGUUGUCAACGAUGCUGCUCAAGUUAUGGAAGAAGUUGCUCGGAAACGAAAGCAAAACAAAAUGUACACAAGCUUACCAAAAUCAGUCAAAGUUAAAACCCAGCUGACGGACGAAGUCCUACAACCGCCGACGACUUCUAUCGAUAUUGAGUUAUGGGAGGCCUGUUACUUGCGCUGGAUAAAGCCAUGUACAAUCUCGAAUGGCGGAAGUAUAUAUGCUGACUUGGCCCUUGAUAAUGUUAUGGGAACUGUGGCUAGUCGCUACAACUGUUCCUGGAAGUCGCAGUUCACGAGUGUGGAUUUACCAGUCAGCUCUGCGUAUCCUUACUCUGAAGUUAUUAAUGGGAUCAAAAUCCGAAAAGAGUUAGACACUGAUGAAUGCAACGAUACGUAUUCGGUCGGCUCUUUGAGUAUGCGAGACUCAUCACUGAAUACAAGCUUAGGAGUAGAUAGAGAAGCUCGCGCCAUGUGUACUCCUACUCGUAGAGCUCCUGAACGACCGAACAUGGAGUUGAACUACAAUCGGACGACAUUUUGA